UUUAAAAAAAAUUAAAAAUACCUAAAUCCUUUAAAAUCUAAUCCACUUUUUCUGUUCAAAUUAUAUUUCGAUUCUAGUUGCAAACUAAAUACAUUAAAAAUUAUGAUAAUUUUAAUUUUUAUUUUAAUCUUAAUUUCGAUUUUAAUUUUGAUUCUGAAGACCGUUAGGUCCGUUACAAUAAUCACAUAAGAGUAAAAUAAGAAUAAUUAAAUUGGCGGGAAAGGAGGCAUCUCUAUUAACCUUUUUUGCUCCCUAAAAAGGUGAAAACAUAUAAGCACCCUUGGCUUCUCAUAUUAACGUUAGGACGGCGUUAGAGCCUCUUCAGAUUCUAUAGCCGCUGGCGUUAACUUAAAAGAUUCGGGAGCUGGAAGACGCCGGACACUCCCGAACGGUCGCUUCCUUCUCUCGGCCGGCCAUGGCGAUUGGAGAAACCCUAGCUGCACUCUGCUCAAGCAAAACGCUAAUUCCUCGAUCCGUUCCAUCUUCCUCGUCCGCUUCCGCUCGUCCACGUGGCGUGAGGCUCGCUUGCAGCUUACGGUUUCCGUCGUCUCUUGCGCCGGAGAUCGGGAUCUUCGACACCCAGGCUCUGCGCCGCAUGGUGGAGGCCUUCGACUCCAAGAUCCCCCUGGCCGAGGCCCUGACCCCGCCCAGCUCCUGGUACACCGACCCCUCCUUCUUCGCCCUCGAAUUCGAACGCGUCUUCUUGCGGGGAUGGCAGGCCGUAGGUUACACUGAACAAAUCAAGAAUCCUCGUGAUUUCUUUACUGGAAGAUUGGGAAAUGUAGAGUUUGUCAUCUGUCGAGAUGCAAAUGGAGGCCUUCGUGCGUUUCACAAUGUGUGUCGCCACCAUGCCUCUCUCCUUGCCUCAGGAAGUGGGCAAAAGUCUUGCUUUGUAUGCCCUUAUCAUGGAUGGACUUAUGGGUUAGAUGGUGUACUCUUAAAGGCAACUCGAAUUACUGGAAUCAAGAACUUCAAUAAAGAUGAGUUUGGUCUCAUACCAUUGAGUGUGGCUACUUGGGGACCCUUUGUACUGUUAAAUUUGGAUACAGAUAUCGUACCUCAACAAAAUUUUGCAAAUGAUUUGGUGCCCAAUGAAUGGCUUGGGAGUGCUUCAGAUACACUUAGUAAUGAUGGGAUUGAUUCUUCACUGAAGCAUAUUUGUAGGCGUGAAUAUACUAUUCGAUGCAAUUGGAAGGUCUUCUGCGACAACUACUUAGAUGGUGGCUAUCAUGUUCCAUAUGCACAUGGAGGCCUUGCAUCUGGUCUUAAGCUUGACUCCUACUCUACCCUUAUUUUUGAGAAGGUAAGUAUUCAAAGAUGUGAAGGUGCUUCUGUAGAUGAAGUUGGCUUUGAUAGGCUGGGAUCAAAAGCAGUGUAUGCUUUCAUUUAUCCAAACUUCAUGGUCAACAGGUAUGGUCCAUGGAUGGACACUAAUCUAGUCGUCCCAUUGGGCUUGACCAAAUGUCAAGUGAUUUUUGAUUACUUUCUUGAUUAUUCACUGUUGGAUGACAAGGUGUUCAUUGAGAGAAGUUUAAAAGAGAGUGAAAGAGUGCAGAUGGAAGAUAUUGCACUGUGUGAAGGAGUCCAGAGGGGCCUAGAAUCACCAGCUUACUGUAGUGGCAGGUAUGCACCAUCCGUCGAGAUGGCCAUGCACCACUUCCAUUGUCUUCUGCAUGCAUGCCUUGAUGAUCUCUGAUUAUAUCAUGGACUCCUCCAUGAUACCUGCAAAGCUGUUGUACCACCUUAUCUUACCUGAUUGAUAAUCAGAGUAGAUAAUUGGAGAACUCCCUUGUGUACCAUUGAGGGAUAUGCAUAAAUGAAGACGUGAUGCAAGCUUGUCAAUAUGCUUAUUCAUGAAAAUUUGCUGACAUGUUGUGUGCUGUUGGCCUUGAAUCAGUAGCAGUAUUUGUUGAUCAUUAAAAUUUGGGUGAGGUCCUCAUCAGCUUGUCAGUUUUCUUUCCAUGAACUGGGUAUGAAUACGUAGGAAAAUCACUCAUUCGCUCCUGUUCUGGACCAUUGAGUUAUUCACAUCAUGGGAUGUAAUGUCAUCACCACAUUAAUCCAAUUAUGCAAAGGUCCACAAAUAUGACAAGGUAAGAUCUGAAGAAUUGCAACCA